AUGGUGAAGGGAAAUCCGGUGAUCCUCGCCGUCCUGGCCGCCGCGGCCGUAGCCGCUCCCCAGUACAGCUACAGCGCCCCGCCCGAAGACUCCAGCGAGGAAGUGAUCCCCAUCGUGAGGGACGACCGCGUCCAUGAGGAUGACGGGGCUUACAAUCUGGACGUGGAGACUGGCAACGGCAUUGUCCUCUCCCAGUCUGGCUCUCCUGACGGUCCCGAGGACUCUGUCGUUAAGACUGGAUAUUACUCCUACACCGCCCCUGACGGCACUUUCGUCGAGGUCAAGUUCGUCGCCGACGAGAACGGCUUCCAGCCCCAGUCUGACUUGCUGCCCGUGGCCCCCGCCUUCCCCCAUCCUAUCCCCGACUUCGUGCUGGAGCAGAUAGCCUUUGCCAAGGCAGAGGACGCCGCCCGCGCCCGCGCUGAGCUCGAAGCCGAGGACUCCAAGGAGGGGCCUGCUGCCCCCUCCACCUCGUAUGGAAGUCCUCAGUAGAAUGUAAGCUGGUGAGACGACUUAUUUAUUGUGCGUGAAUGACAAUAAAGGAACUGCGAAGCAUUUAAACUACUCCAUUUUUUUUU